AUGGACCUAUUGUGCACCGAUGGUGUCAGCUAUAAUGACCACUCCACGAGUUCCCAUUACAUUAAAACAUCAAAUCAAAACCUAAACGCCCCAGCCAUCGGACCAGGAAGUGCCCUGCCCAUUGCCAAUAUACCCAGCAUCGCCAGUUUUAUCAACCUGUGCAACAAACCGAUCUGCGAUGACGCUGAUAUGCAGUGCAUCGUCGACCUGGUCGAAGGAACUAUCUGCGAAGCACUGGCCAUAAUCAAGUCGGAUCCCCGCGGUCUCUUUUGUUACAAAUUCCCGAAAAAGGGGAAACUGUCAUCGGUCAGCUUGGUCUCCUCUGGGUACACCGACGCCGCCGUGGCCAACGGAGAGGACGAUACCUCAAUUACAAAUCAUUACACAGGAUUCCUCGGCGUUUCGCUGGACUCUGGGUCCAGUGGCUUGACGCGCAAGAUGCUGACCAUCGGGGAUUUCGAGUACUCCAACGCCAUCGCCGACAUUAGGGAUUUCGUCAGCCGCUGGGAGCUGUCGCCCGACACCAAGUGUGUCGUAAUCAGCAAUCCCAUUCGCCACGAGGUUCCAAUUAAAGGGACAAUCCUAUUUGUGGAUGCCCAUUUCUCCAGGCCAACUCACCGUUGUCCCAAUCCUCUGGCCGUUGCCAAGGUGCGGUUCAUCAUAACCGUGUCCAAGGUUCUACUGCGGCACUAUCCGGUGAUGAUCACCUACCGAUUUGAGGGCUUCAACACGCUAUACUACGGUUUGGGCGAACGCUGCCUUAACUCAUUCUCCUUCCAGCGCUUCUUCAUAGACACCAUCCUACACACCAAGUUGACUUUCUUCGCUGCCAUCUCAGAGUGCCGUCACGGCACCAUUGAGAAGCCUAAGCAUAAUAUCAAGUCUAAGCAUGCCAAGAAGUCCGAUGGUUGACUUACCAUUCACCAUUAAAAACUCUUAUUUUGUUGUCCUUGAA